GUAGGCAGGAGAUCCAGAGUAUAUGCAGUGGGGAGCAAAUGUAUAUUCUCACUAUUUAUACAAGAUAGCUCUCAGUACAGACUCCAGAACUCCUACCCACAAGAUCUCUUCUCACGUCUACUUACAAUACACUAUUCUGAUGAAUUGAAAACAUCAAGAUGUUCUCCAUGUGCAACUGGGCAGAGUUUAUGUGAGCGGGAGAUCUGGGCUCAUAUAUAUGGAUUGUUCUGUGUCAAUUCAGGGCAGUACUGUCCUCUCAAUUUCCUUUCCACGUUUCAAUUUUUGUUUUCUCUGGCCCAAUUGAGAAAAAACCGUAUUCGGAUCCAUUUCCACGUAACGAAGCGAAACUCUACAUCUACUUGUAGGCGCCGUCUUUUCGUGAGUUUAACAGUUACCAUCUUCUCUCUCUCUCUCUCUCUGUCUCUCUCUCUCUGUGUCUGCGAAAUGAUCCACCAGCCAUUACCGUCUCUUCUGAUUCUUCAGGGUUCGUGAGAAAGUAUUAGAAGGGAGUAGAAAUACGAAGAUGGUGGUGAUGGGAUGUUGUUGUUUCCAUCAACCUCACCAGCUUGGGUGCUUCCUCGUCUUCGACAUGAACCGGUUUGCUACUGCUGGCGUAGGGAAAGGUUGCCCGUUAAAGCUUCCUCUCUUCUCUGGGUUCAGCAGGGAAAGCAGAGUCGUCGGAUUUGGGUUUCUUUCACAUAGAAAGGACGGGUUUGGGCUUAAUUUCGUCGCCCCAGCUGGGUUCUCUAGCUCCUUUUCGUUGCAUAUCGGCUUGGACACUGAGACCUUACAGUCUCAAGAUUUAUCCCAGUUUUCUUGGAUUGGUCCUAUUCCUGGGGACAUUGCAGAAGUUGAGGCAUAUUGUAGAAUUUUCAGAGCUGCUGAGCAGCUUCACAUUUCUAUAAUGGACACAUUAUGCAAUCCAUUGACUGGAGAGUGUACUGUUUCAUAUGACCUCCCCUCAGGGGAGAAAUCAUUGUUGGAAGAUAAGUUAGUAGCAGUGCUUGGCUGCAUGGUGGCUCUUCUGAACAAAGGAAGGGCAGAAGUUCUUUCUGGGAGGUCUGCUUCCAUGAAGUCCUUUCAAGUUGCAGAUGUAAAUUUCUUGGAAGAUAAUCUUCCACCACUUGCCACUUUUAGAGGUGAGAUGAAAAGGUGUAGUGAAAGUUUGCACAUUGCCCUUGAGAGCUAUUUGGCACCAUCUGACAGCAGAAGUGUUGAUAUAUGGAGGAAAAUGCAGAGGUUAAAGAAUGUUUGUUACGAUAUUGGUUUUCCUCGUAGGGAUGAUUAUCCCUGCCAGACAGUGUUUGCAAACUGGAGACCUGUUUAUUUAUCCACUACAAAAGAAGAUUUGGCAUCCAAAGAUUCUGAAAUAGCUUUCUGGAAGGGUGGCCAAGUAACAGAUGAAGGUUUGAAGUGGUUAAUAGAGAAUGGAUACAAAACUAUUGUAGAUCUUAGAGCAGAAAUAGUCAAGGAUGAUUUCUAUCAAAAGGUUCUUGAAAAUGCCAUCUUGCAGGGGAAAAUUGAAGUGGUAAAAUUACCAGUUGAGGUUGGGACUGCACCUUCAGUGGAGCAGGUGGAGAAAUUUGCAUCUUUCGUUUCUGAUGUCAAUAAAAAGCCACUAUAUCUACAUAGCCAGGAAGGAGUUUGGAGGACUUCCGCUAUGGUCUCAAGAUGGAGGCAGUACAUGGUCCGAUCUCAUUCCCAGUCUGUCAUGAACCACCCAAGCAUUUCCAAUGAAAAUGUGUUAAAAAGUAAAGAAAGAAAGGCAGACCCACAGAAAUCAUCAGAAGUAAAAGAAAAUAUACCUCUAGAAAAUACAAAUGGUUCACUUCUCGAGAGCUUGAGUGGCACCAACAGUUCCAAUGAAAUAUCUUGUGAAAUAGUUUCUUUGUCCCAGGAGAACAAGGACAAUUGUGACAAUGGUACCUGUAAAGACCUUAUCUUUUCCGAAGAUACUACACCAACACAAGUGGCUACUGUCUCUAGAGAUAAGGUAGGAUCUACUGAAAGCUUCUGGAGGAAAAUUGAUCCGUUAAAGUCUCAGAUCCCAACCUGUGAUGUUUUCUCCAGAUCUGAGAUGUCUAGGUUUUUGGAAAGAAGGAAGAUCUCACCUCCCACUUUUUUAGAUUAUGAAGGGAUUGGAUCAAGGUCAUCACCAGUCUCCAGAGAGUCAUGUGCAAAGAUAGAUCAGAAAAGUGAAAUUAGCGAGACUUCCUAUAUAUCAGAGCUGGAAAAGGAAGGAAAUUCAAGAGGGACAUUUCAUAAUAAAAUUUCAUAUUUAGAGCCAAAAAAUUCUUCUAGCAAUGGUGUUUAUCUGGAUGGUGAUACAUCUAUUUCUAUUUCUCCAAAUGUGAAUGUAUCUGCUAAAGUGGGAAGGCAUGAUGGGAUUGAGAACAAAACUUACACCAGUGCAAGUGAUAACCUAGAAAGGAAUGUUACAUCCACAGCUAUUAAAGUGAACUGGGAGAACAACUUGGAAAGUAAUCUUACAUCAACAGAUGUUAGGGAGGAUCAAAUGGGCAAUGGCAAAGCCACCACAGCUUCAGUUAGUGAUGACACGGAGAUUGUUGAGGGGAAUAUGUGUGCUUCUACAACUGGUGUUGUAAGAGUGCAAUCAAGAAAGAAAGCAGAAAUGUUCUUAGUCCGCACAGAUGGAUUUUCUUGUACCCGGGAGAAAGUAACAGAAUCCUCCUUGGCCUUCACUCAUCCCAGUACCCAGCAGCAGAUGCUCUUGUGGAAAUCAACGCCAAAAACUGUACUAUUGUUGAAGAAGUUGGGUCAUGAGCUCAUGGAAGAGGCUAAAGAGGCGGCAUCUUUCUUGUAUUACCAAGAGAAAAUGAAUGUCCUUGUGGAACCUGAUGUGCAUGAUAUGUUUGCAAGGAUUCCGGGAUUUGGAUUCAUUCAGACAUUUUAUAGUCAAGAUACCAGUGAUCUUCACGAGAGAGUUGACUUUGUGGCUUGUUUGGGAGGAGAUGGGGUUAUACUCCAUGCAUCAAAUUUAUUCAGGGGAGCUGUUCCUCCCAUUGUAUCUUUUAAUCUUGGAUCACUUGGAUUUCUCACUUCCCACUAUUUUGAAGGCUAUAAGAAAGACUUAAGACAAGUUAUUCAUGGAAAUAAUACAUCAGAUGGAGUUUAUAUAACACUUAGAAUGCGCCUCCGCUGUGAAAUCUUCCGAAAUGGUAAAGCAAUGCCUGGGAAAAUUUUUGAUGUCCUGAAUGAGGUUGUUGUGGAUCGUGGUUCUAAUCCUUACCUUUCUAAAAUUGAGUGCUACGAGCAUGACCACCUUAUAACAAAAGUUCAAGGUGAUGGAGUCAUAAUAGCCACACCUACAGGGAGUACAGCUUACUCUACAGCUGCAGGAGGAUCGAUGGUUCACCCAAAUGUUCCAUGUAUUUUGUUCACCCCGAUAUGUCCACACUCCCUUUCAUUUAGACCUGUCAUUCUCCCAGAUUCUGCCCAGCUUGAAUUAAAGAUCCCAGAGGAUACACGAAGUAAUGCUUGGGUGUCGUUUGAUGGGAAGAGAAGGCAGCAGCUCUCAAGAGGAGACUCUGUCCGAAUAUCUAUGAGCGAGCACCCUCUGCCAACAAUCAACAAGUCUGAUCAAACUGGUGAUUGGUUCCGCAGCUUAAUCCGCUGUUUGAAUUGGAAUGAAAGGCUAGAUCAGAAGGCCCUAUGAACUAUAAAGCCUUUGAAUUAGUCUUGUAGAUGAAAAGACUGGCCUGAUCUUAGUUAAAUGUAAAUAUCUGUACAGAUUAUAAGUUAAUAGUUAGAAAUGAUAUUCAUAGAUUGCAAAAAACAAUGAUGUGUUUACCGACUCCCACAGAAAGGCAGGCUAGCUUAAUUUUUCAUAUUCUAAAAUGUAUCCAAAUACUCUCUCAAUUCAGUAAUAAAGGUUGAAUCUUCGCUCCCA